GCACGGUUUUCAGUGCCGGACGGUCAUUCUGUCGGUUGGGUCGAGUUCGCAUCUUCGGGCUAAGGACAUAAUAUUCUUUUUUCUUUGGAAAACGCGACUAUUUAUCAACAGCUGUUUGGUGAUCGCCGCAGCUCAGUCAACGGGUGGACGUGAUCGCGAACGGAAAUCGGUGCAGCAGCGAGCGUGUCAGUGUGUAUGUGGGUCUGAGUGCAUUAUUGUGAAAGUAAAUAGGAAAGUUGUUAUUUUAGAUUUGCGGCUAAGUGCAUCGGUGCAAUUCGGCGCAGAAGGAGCAACAGGAGGGGGAACAUAUCGCAGCAUCAGUGACGUACCGUGUGGGAUGCUAAAAAGUGAUAAUAAUUUACGGACAACAUUAAACUAACCGUGUUUAUCAUAUUGUAAGUGCAGACGGAAGUGAAUUUUUUGGCUGUAAUCCUGAUAAAACACACACACACACACAUACACACACACGCGCACCUAGAAUCGGUGUGUGUGCGUAGUGAAAAGUGAGUGCGUGGAGUGUCGGAGUGUUGAUCAUCCGAGUGUCGGAUAGCGCGAGCAACCAACGAAGCCAGCAGAAACAGCAGCAGCCAUGGGCGAUCGGCUGGUCGUGAGUGGCAAUUUUAUGCUAAUAGCAUCAAUUGUGAUAUUAUCAGUAUUACCAUGCGGACGGACACAGGACUUUGGGUACGAUGGAGAGAAAGGACCAUCCCAUUGGGGGGAACAGUACAACAGUUGCACCGGAAAGCAUCAGAGCCCGAUCAAUAUCAACUCUUUGAACGUGAAGAAGGUCAACUUGCCGCCACUGAUAUUCGACGGAUUUAACAUUGCUCCGCAGGAGACCAAUCUGACCAACAAUGGACACACAGUUGCCGUCACGAUGAAGUCUGACCACAUACCGACGGUGUCGGGGGGACCCUUGGACGGGGUGUACCAGUAUUCCCAGCUGCAUUUCCACUGGGGAGAUAAUGACACCUUCGGCAGCGAAGAUAUGAUCGACAAUCACAUUUUCCCUAUGGAGCUACACGUGGUGUUCUUCAAACAGGAGUACCAGAACGCCAAGACGGCGUUGAAGUACUGGGACGGACUGACGGUGCUGGCCUUCUUCUACGAGGUCUCCCAGGAGGAUAAUGCCCAGUAUGAGGAGUUUGUGCAGCUGCUGGGGAACGUGACCAGCUCGCAUAAAACGGCCGCCUUCGUGAAUCCCCCUUCGUUGAAAGACCUGAUCGCUAGAGAUGUGCUGCACUAUUACACCUACAACGGAUCACUGACGACGCCACCAUGCAGCGAGGUGGUCACGUGGAUCGACUUCAAGGAGCCGAUUUUGCUGUCCCAUGCGCAGAUCGAGGCAUUCCGCGCACUUGAGGACGAAGAAGGACAUCCGUUGACCCACAAUUUCCGACCAAUCCAACCGCUGGGCGACCGGGUGGUUCUCUACAACACCGACGAGGUCGUGAAGGAUGUCGACCUGGCGGAUGAACUGCCACCGAGCGAGGUGGAACAGAACUCGGUCGAGGACGGGCCGGAACAGGCGGCCAAAAGUGCCCGAGAUGACUCCAGCGAGACCCCGGACAAUGGUUCAAAGACGAUGGGGGUCAGCUGGGUGGCACUGGCGUUGGCAGUAGUUUUUAGUCGCAUGUGAAUCCUCGCAUACCGGAAGGAAUAAAAGUGUAGCCAUUUCGAUGUUAACCAAUUGUGAAGAUAAAUAGCCUAACAAGUGAAGUAUAGUUUUGUAUUGUUAGGAAUCGAAGGAAGAAAGUGUCCACAAAUGAUAACGACAAAAAAAAACUGAAUCGAAAACUAGUAAUUAUUUUCAGUAUUCUAGGAAAAUUUUGAAAUCACGCUACAAUUUGCAUUAAUUAAGUAUUUGCGGGCAGAUAGAAGAGUGAGUUGAUUGGAUCAAUUUAAAGAUGUUGAUGAUGAUGAAAUGUGUUAGGGUGGGUUUAGACUAGUGAUAUAUUCAUGUGAAGAAAUAUGAUGAGAUUUAUAGAAAUCGCAUCAACCGUUUACACUAACUUGAACUUCUAUAAUGAAUAUAUUCAUAUCUUAGGUGAAUUUAUUCACCUGAAGUAGAACUGCAUCCAACUUUAGUGAUUUCUCACCAGUGAGAAAUUCACAAGCGUUUACAUAUGCUGAAUUUAUUCAAGUUAUAUAUACCUCGAAUAAGUGUAUCAUAUUUAUUCUCACCCGUUUACACCUAUUUUCACGUGAAUAAAUCCAUCUAUAGCUAUAGAUCUCCCUAAUGUAAACCCGCCAUUAGUCAGGGUGGGUUCAGAGCCGACGCCAACCAUAUAACUUAUCACGAAUUUAGCGUACGAUGUAAGAAGCAAAGACAAAACCAAAAAUCAAUCUAUAGGUUAAGAUUGUUAAUAAAGUUGAUUCGGAAAGCUUACGACUGUAUUUAUGGGUUCUUGCGAGAAGUACGACAUAUGUAAUAGGGAUUGCAUUACCGUGCCAAAAUUUCAAUAACCGGUUGUUCUGUAAUAAAAAUUUCAUUACCGAUAAAACCGGUAAAAAAUACUUUAAAAUAAACCAUUUUCUUUAAGAAA